AAAGAUUACUAUGAAACCAUUUUUAGGUCCGUUCCUAUAGAGAGAAUCCAAACGGUUUUGAUCCCUUUUAACUUUGGGCCCAUACCUUUCGAACUCAACCAAGAGACACAGAUAGAGUACACGCGUACCAAGGCCUAACCGCCUGAGCCAAUCAGCACCCAACUUCCACCAUGUGCACUUUGGAGAAGCGCGGCAACCUCUUCAUCCUAACCCUGAUCGGCGAUGACGAGCACCGGCUGAGCCUAGCCGUGAUCGACUCCCUCCUCUCGGCGCUCUCCCAAGCCAAGUCCCAAGCCAUCCGCGGCUCGGCUCUCGUCACCACCGCCCACGGCAGGUUCUUCUCCAACGGCUUCGAUCUCGCCUGGGCCCAAGCUGCCGGCUCCUCCUCCGCCGCUCGCGAUCGGCUCCACCACAUGGUCGAAUCCUUCCGCCCGGUUGUCUCCGCGUUGCUCUCCCUCCCGAUGCCCACCGUCGCCGCCGUUUCCGGCCACGCCGCCGCCGCAGGGUUCCUCCUCGCGCUCAGCCACGACUACAUCCUCAUGAAGCGCGAUAGAGCCGUGCUGUACAUGAGCGAGAUCGACCUCGGCAUCACCUUGCCCGACUACUUCACGGCUAUGAUGAGGUCCAAGAUCGGCUCGGUUUCGGCUCGGCGCGAUAUCUUGCUCGGGGGGAGGAAAGUCAAGGGUGAGGAGGCGGUGACGAUUGGGAUCGUGGAGUCGGCACACGAUAGCGCGGAGAGUGUGGUGGAGGCUUCGGUGCGCCUUGGGGAACAAUUGGCGCAGAGGAAGUGGAACGGUGAGGUGUACGCGGAGAUCAGGAAGAGCCUGUAUCCGGAGGUAUGUGGCGUGCUGGGAUUGGCUGCCAAAGCCAUCAUAGCCUCUUCUAAGCUUUAGAGUGAAACUAAUAAGCAGCUGCUUAAUAUGUUUCUGUAAUUUGUAUUUGCGUGGAAACUGAAAAAUCUAUUACAUUUAUCCUUUUAUUUUGUCUGCUUAA